GUGGGAAAUGAAGAAAGGAGCGCAUCCCCAGUUGCAAUGGAUAUCCUAUGUGACUCAGAGUGGAAGAUUGAUGAACGUUAUGAUGACCAAAAUACACCAGGUUGGUAAAGUCUACCACUUCAGGGCGAAACGUCAAAUGGCUGAAAGUGUAGGGCAGAUUUCCAUCACUCGUACAAAAUUUGUUUGA